GACAGCUAAAAAAGCUAGAAAGAGACCCCUGUGCGUCAUUUCGAUGCGGUGCAUGAUAUCUUUUUGAUAUGGUAAGCGAUGAUUAACAUUUGGUGCAAGCAGAAGAGAAAAAUCGCACAUCAAACCAACCAGAGAGACCAGACACCUUUUGUUUUCUGGUAUUGUGGUAAUUAUGGUAUUUAGCAACGGUGACUGAAAUUGUUUAAAAUUAGUGCCUACGAAAGCGGGCAAAAUGUAAAAACUGUGUGCCGUUCAAACGUCGGGAAAAUACACAAACACUCAACACUAGGAGCGGUGCUAAAAGGUCCAUACAUCCGUUUUCGCACAGAUACAGGCAGCUAGGCGCAGCACAGUGCCCGCGCGACAAUGUUCCUCGGGUGUUACAAUGCCAUCCGGCGUUUCCUCCACUGGGGACCAUUAACUGCAAUCGGAAUUAUACAAUCGAUUACAGUGAUGACCAUUUACAUGAACAGCAUGUGGUGGCCCUCGCACACUUCCCUGUGGGCGCUCAUCAACCAGACAGUAUUUGUGCUGCUGUCCCUCGGCACCGGGUUUUACUUCGUGAUGGCCUCGCUAACCGGGCCGGGCUAUUUGCGGCUCAAAUGGCGACCGGCCCAUCACUCAGCGGACGAGCAGUUGCAGUUUUGCAUCGUGUGCGGAGGGUACAAGGCGCCGCGUUCGCACCACUGCCGGAAGUGUGACCGGUGCGUGAUCAAAAUGGAUCACCACUGCCCGUGGAUCAACAACUGCGUCGGUUGGGCCAACCAUGGCUACUUUACCGCCUUUCUAGCGUUCGCCGUGCUCGGCUGCAUCCACGGUACGGUGAUAUUGGGCUCCUCGCUGUACGUGGGCCUGUAUCGCGACUGGUACGUAUAUUACGGCCACCUCUCGAAAGUGAACGUGAAGCUAACGGUUUCGAGUCUGGUGCUGUGCGUGUUCAACAUCGGGCUGGCCAUCGGGGUCGUACUCACGGUGGGCGCCUUGUUAGUGUACCAGGUGCGAUCCAUCCUGAACAACCGGACCGCCAUCGAGGAUUGGAUCGUGGAGAAGGCGCGGUUUAGAGCGGAACGCAACGAGCAGACCUUCGUGUAUCCUUACGAUCUGGGCCGAUGGAGCAACGUGAAGCAGGUCAUCAACUUUACCUGCCGGCCGGUCGGUAACGGGUACGAAUGGCCCGUCGUCGAAGGAUGCGACCAGUACACGCUAACGCGUGAACAAUUAGCACAAAAAGAGGAAAAACGGGCACGAACACGGACGUACACCAUUGUUCGACCGGCGACGGGAAGCUGGUUUCCACUAUUUUCGCAAGGACCGUCGGUGUGCCUUUCGCCUCCGCUUACUGAUGAGCCCCGAAUUAAGCUUGAGGUUGAUGACAUCGUUCGUGUUACCAGAUGGAGAAAACACUGGUUGUUUGGCGAAAAACUACAGGAACCAACGAAAAAAACUAUUCCGAAGCGGAUUCGCGGUUGGUUUCCUCGGAAAUGUGCCGUGGAGUAUAUCGAGCUUGAUGAUGACGAUGCUGUGAUGAGCGGCGUACCACCAAUAUACGAAAAUACGAAUAAAAAAGACGUUUAAAAAGACGCUUGAAAUACAAACCAUUGGAAGAAGAAAAAACUGAGAGAACAUGCCGUCCGUUCCCGAGAUAUGCGGUGAAUGUGUUCCGAAGACAUCCGCGUAUGGCAAAUAUCACGGUUUUCUGCAAAAAAUACAAUUGAAGAGUGGGUAGUUUUGAUUCAUGACACGUUCAUGUAACUUCACUCAUUUCAAUAUGUUUGUACAAGCAGAGAGUAUAAUUUUUGGAGCAAACUGAUUACUGAUUUGACACAUAGCCUAACAAAAUGCAGAAAAUCCGCUUAUUUCCAAAUUAGCGCAUAUCGAGGACCGCAUUACUCGGGAACAGACUGUAUAGUUGCCCUCACAGAGUGCGCACCGUACAUUAAAGCAACAGAUUUGAAAGAUAAAUAUUGUUCUGAUGGCUGAUACAAAAACAAAUAGGAUUCCGUCAGCUACAUAAAAGAGAUACUGUGUUUUGAUUUGUUUAAUAUUUACUGCACACAGGCAUAGGUAUGUCUGCUGCAAACGGUUCCUUUAUUUUCUUUUUUUUAGCAUUGUUUUCGAACUAGAUUUUAGAAAUACAUAUUUUCUGCUUCAAA